CUUUUGAUUAUGCUCCUCUCAUAUUUCUUCAUUCCUUUCCUUCUAGGGUUAGCUCUUCUUCUUGGUUUUCUUUUUUAUAUGGCAAGAUCUAGAUUUUGCAAAGAUAGCUACCUAGCUCUUUGUUGUGGAGCCGAUUAAAAAAAAACAUGGUGAGAUCAAGAAUACAGAUCAAGAAGAUAGAAAAUAUAGCAGCAAGGCAAGUAACAUUUUCAAAGAGGAGAAAAGGUUUUAUUAAGAAAGCUCAAGAACUUUCAACUCUUUGUGAUGCUGAAAUUGCUCUCAUUGUCUUCUCUUCUUCUGACAAACUCUAUGAAUUCUCCACUUCAAGGGUGACUCGAGUAAUUCAAAGGUAUAUGAGACACACAGAAAAACUUCCUGAUGAUGAGCAGCUUGAUCCUUAUCCUGUGUUUUUGGAGGAUGAUUGUGCUGUUGUAAGCAAGGAAGUUGAAGUCAAAAGGCAAGAGUUAAGACAGUUGAAAGGAGAAGAUCUAGAAGGGUUAGGUUUUGAAGAACUUGUUAAGGUUGAGAGACAAAUUGAGAAAGCUUUUACUCGUGUUCGUCGAAUGAAGGUUGGUAAGCUAGCUAGUGAAUUUCUCCCUUCACUGCACAAUACAGUACAUGAUUUCUGGUGAUCAAUUGUUUUUUCUUCGGUGAUAUAUUUAAAUACGCUAUAAAGUCUAACAAUAUCCAACUCGCUAGCUUGU